AGCCAUGAUUGGCUGCUCAUUUGUGGUUAACAGGAAAUUCUUUGGUGAAAUUGGUCUGCUGGACCCUGGGAUGGAUGUGUACGGAGGAGAGAAUAUUGAACUUGGAAUCAAGGUGUGGCUCUGUGGUGGCAGCAUGGAGGUCCUUCCAUGCUCAAGGGUGGCCCACAUCGAGCGGAAGAAGAAACCCUAUAACAGUAACAUCGGCUUCUACACCAAGAGGAACGCACUCCGGGUAGCCGAGGUCUGGAUGGACGACUACAAGUCUCACGUGUACAUAGCGUGGAAUCUGCCUCUGGAGAAUCCAGGGAUCGAUAUAGGCGACGUCUCAGAAAGAAAAGCAUUAAGGAAAAGUUUGAAGUGUAAGAAUUUCCAGUGGUACUUGGACCACGUCUACCCAGAAAUGAGAAGAUACAAUAAUACCAUUGCAUACGGGGAGCUUCGUAACAAUAAGGCCAAGGAUGUCUGCCUGGAUCAGGGGCCGCUGGAGAACCACACAGCAAUACUGUACCCAUGCCACGGCUGGGGACCACAGCUCGCCCGCUAUACCAAGGAAGGCUUCCUGCACUUGGGUGCUCUGGGGACCACCACACUCCUCCCUGACACCCGCUGCCUGGUGGACAACUCCAAGAGUCGGUUGCCGCAGCUCUUGGACUGUGACAAGGUCAAGAGCAGCUUGUACAAGCGGUGGAACUUCAUCCAAAAUGGAGCCAUCAUGAAUAAGGGCACAGGGCGCUGCCUGGAGGUGGAGAACCGGGGCCUGGCCGGCAUUGACCUCAUCCUCCGAAGCUGUACGGGACAGAGGUGGACAAUCAAGAAUUCCAUCAAGUAGCUGGAAAGAGCGAGGGCAUGUGGAGCCCAGACCCAGGACAGGGCCUGGCUAUCCUCGGAACCAGCCACCUGGUGGAGAGACAGAAGGCGCCCAGAGGGUGCUCAGUGGACCUCCCAGCGCCCCUCCAGGGCAGCCCUGCAUAAAGAUGCUAAGUUCCUCUCAGGCAUUCAGCCUGUGCACUUUGAAGAU